AUAAAGACUCCUUGUGUAGAUAUAUGCAAGUUAGACUCUGGUACGAACCAAUGUUUGGGAUGCUCCAGGACACGCAAUGAAAUAGCAGGAUGGGGAAGAAUGACUGAUGAAGAGAGAGAUCUCAUCAUUGAACAAUUACCAAAACGCAAG